AUGAGCGGAAAAGGCUGCCAGCUCCUGGUGUCUCCAUGCAACGUGUCCCCGUCACUGAGCAUGAUCGCGGGACACCAGUCCAUCAGGAUCCCCAUGUCCCCCUCGCCACGGCCCAAUCUGAGUCCCUCCUCGGGAGCAGAGACAGCCAAAUCAGGAGACGUCCACUCCCUGGCCUCUGGGAACCAGAGCAGGAGCCUCGUGGUUCUUCCAACCCUGAGCCUCCGCAGGCAGGUGCUGACUUACGGGAAACAUCUCAACGUGCCCACUGCUUCCCCACAACUGCAAGUACCUGCUCAUCCUCCUCCCACCACAACAGUGACCAAUACCACUCGGACGAAACCGGGCUCCUCAAACAGCAGCUUCAAAGCAGGUUGUCCUGUGUCUGAUCACACCAUGGAGGUAUUCGGUCAAGCAGCUGCUGCUAACCUGACAGUGACUUCUGUCAAAGGCCAGACAUUUCCUCCGUCUUGUUUACACGGUGUAACAGUUCCCCACACGGACGCCAGGUCCUUACUGUCCAGAGAAUCCCUGGCAUCCACUACCCUCAGUCUGUUUGAAACACAGUCAGUGUUUAGUGGAAGACACGACUGGCCAUAUGGCUACCGUGUGCUCCCCCCGCUGGGACCACCUCAGUGCUCCACCCAGGCCAGCGAGGGAGGCGAGCAGCUCAGCGUCUCACCGGGCACGGCCAUGUCCGGCACAACCACGUCAGGAGGCACCAGCACCUCCGCCUCCCUGCCUUCGUACCUGUUUGCAGCGGACGCCGGAAGCCCCAGGGCGUCUCGGGCCAAGAAGAGAGCUCUCUCCAUGUCUCCUCUGUCAGAUGUCAUGGGCACUGACUUCAACUCAAUCAUACGCACGUCGCCCACCUCCCUCGUGGCUUAUAUCAAUGGUUCCCGCUGCUCUCCAGCCUCCCACUCCACACUCUCACCUGUCCAGUCUGAGGGUUAUGGUCACUUCCUGGGUGUGAAAGGGCGCUGUAUCCCCCACUCCCAUCACUACGGCAUGCCGGGCUUCUCCAGGGCUACGGCCCCACAGACAGUGUGCGGCCGAAUGCAGGUGCUCGAAGAGGCCGGGGGUCUGGAGAGCCAGAUGGCGAAUAUGGUGGUGGAGCAGCAGUGCCUCCCGGAGGACGGUGGGGCGCUGGAGAGAACUUUAGAGAGCUGCAGCCAAACCUCCAACAACCUGCUGACACCUUCCCAGUUACAGCGAGCUCUGCUGACCACAGGUCCACAGGGGCCUCCGCCACCUUACCACUCCCACCAGCAUGUUCACCUCUCCAGCCGCCGCUGCAGAGUGAAGCCCUCAUCUCAGGACCCCAUGCUUCCUCCAAGGCACGGGAUGGGCUUUUUACCCCAGGUACCAAUGCUGGAGGAAGAAGAAGGAGAGCUGGAGGACUAUGAGGCCCUGUGCUGCAAGUGGUUGGACUGCAGUGCAGUGUAUGACCGAAAGGAGGAGCUGGUGAGGCACAUAGAGAAGCUGCAUGUGGAUCAGCGGAAGGCCGAGGAUUUCACUUGCUAUUGGCUGGGCUGCCCACGCAGCUUCAAGCCCUUCAACGCCCGAUACAAGCUUCUCAUCCACAUGAGGGUCCAUUCCGGAGAGAAACCCAACAAGUGCACGUUCGACGGCUGCAGGAAGGGUUUCUCUCGGCUGGAGAACCUGAAGAUCCACCUGCGCAGCCACACGGGGGAGAAACCCUACACGUGUCAGCACCCGGGCUGCCACAAGGCCUUCAGCAACUCCAGUGACCGAGCCAAACACCAGCGCACACACCUGGACACAAAGCCGUACGCGUGCCAGGUGCCUGGCUGUGCCAAGCGUUACACGGAUCCCAGCUCCUUGAGGAAACACGUGAAAUCCCACUCCUCUAAAGAGCGACAUUUACGGAAGAAGAUGAGAUCUGCAGCUGGUGUGAACCAGGACCCGUUGACUGACUGUUUAACCAUCCACGCUCUGCAGCCAAGCCUCUCUCCUCUGGCAAGGACAGACAACUUAAACCCGUCCCCUGGUGCCUCCUAUGAGUCAUACUCCGCUGCUCCACAGGGACACGACUCCACCAGCAAUCCUCACCUGACUCUGUUUGGCUCCUUACAAGAUAAUUACAGGUUUGUUGAUCCUUCCCCUCACCAGCUCUUCCCUGGGGACCAGCGUGGCUCUUGCUCUUCCACCUGCCUCCCGCCUCCUCCCAAUGGGGCUUCCCUGCAGAACAGCCGGGAUCUGAAGCAGCCGAGCAGGCCUCCUGAUCUCGCGGAUCACAAUCCGGAGCUCUCAGGGCAGAUGAAGAUGCUUUAUUGUCCUCCACAAUAUGGUGGGAUCACAGCAGAGACCAGUUCGAGUCAGCUGAUGCAAGUUGAUGCCUUUGGUGACAGCCUCGCUCCAGCAGUCAAUAAUCCCAGUGGGGAGGCAACCACACAGACGACUCUUCCCUGCAUUGCAGGUACGUGUGCAGAGUUUAAUAUCCCCAGCCAAGUGCACAAUGUGACUCCUAAUCAAGACUUUCAUGGAGGAGAUUUCUUCACUGGGGCCGACCACUUCACAAGUCAGGUCUCCUGCAUCUACACAGAAGGAUGA